AUGCCCCGCGCCGCCUCCCCCAUGGGCCGCGUCAUCCUCAUCAACACCCCCAUCGAAGCCAGCAGCAACGAGAGCGACAUCAUCAACGCCAUCACGGUGGAGAAGAGCGUGGACGGCAAGCUGGGCUUCAGCGUCCGCGGUGGCUCCGAGCACGGGCUGGGCAUCUUCGUCAGCAAGGUGGAGGAGGGCAGCGCUGCCGAGCAGGCCGGGCUGUGUGUUGGUGACAAGAUCACGGAGGUGAACAGCGUAAGCUUGGAGAACAUCACCAUGAGCAGCGCUGUCAAGGUCCUCACUGGCAACAACCGCCUCCGCAUGGUGGUCCGGCGGAUGGGCCGCGUGCCAGGCAUCAAGUUCUCCAAGGAGAAGACAGCAUGGGUGGAUGUGGUGAACAGGCGCCUGGUGGUAGAGAAAAGUGGCUCGACACCAUCGGAGAGCGGCUCUGAGGACGGGCUGCGGCGCAUUGUCCACCUCUACACCACCUCCGACGACUACUGCCUGGGCUUCAACAUCCGUGGCGGCAGGGAGUUCGGCCUUGGCAUCUAUGUCUCCAAGGUGGACCCCGGGGGGCUGGCGGAGCAGAAUGGCAUUCGGGUGGGAGACCAAGUCCUUGCAGCCAACGGAGUCAAGUUUGAAGACAUAAGCCAUAGCAAGGCAGUGGAGGUGCUCAAGGGGCAGACCCACAUCAUGCUAACCAUCAAGGAGACCGGCCGGUUCCCUGCCUACAAGGAGAUGGUCGCCGAGUACUGCUGGCUCAGUCACUUGACCAACGGGCAGCUGCAGCAGCUGUCCCAGGCCUCCGAGACGAAUACCUCACCCCCGCUCCUGGGCAUCCUGUAG